AAUGAUUUAGAAUAAUAUGAAAGGCUUUCUUGACCAAUGUUAAGUUAUUGUGUUUUUGAUGGAAAUUAAAUAAAUAAUCAUGUUAAAUUUGACCUCCCAGAAUACAAUUCAACAAAUGGCGAUAUAAAUAUGGCGCAUAUCUCGCUGAAUUCGUACCUUCGCAAGGUGGACUCCGCUAUACAGUACAAAGACAGUGACAUUCUUGUGGAAUUAUUGUCUAACCGUGAUCCACAUGUCUGCAAUGUAAAUCUGCGUAAGAAUGAUCCCGAAUCGCAUUGUGAGGAGAUUCUAGAACCGCCAUACGAUAAAAUCGUUGCUGCUCACCUCAAGUGCAUAUGGAGUUGUAAUAACCAGGAUCUUGUUGCUUGCUAUGGCUUUCAAUCUCUUCUGGUUCAUGAAUUCAAUAAAGCAUUUCAGACACAUAAAGAAGAGAACUGGGCCUUGCCAGUACUGUAUGCUAUCACUCUAGAUCUCAGGCUCUUUGCCACAGCUCUGAAGAAUAUUUGACCUUUGCUUUACAUCAUUGUCACCACGCUAGCCAGCAAAAUAAACGCCUGAUCCUCAUCUAUUUGUUACCUGUUAAGAUGUUGCUGGGUCAAAUGCCAAAGAAUGAUCUGCUGCACAAGUAUGACCUAACUCAAUUCAUAGACAUCGCCAAAGCAGUCCGCAUCGGCAACUUGAUGCUGUUAACCAAAACAUUAGAUAAGCAUGAAGAUUUCUUCAUCAAGAGCGGUGUGUACCUUAUUUUAGAGAAACUCAAAAUUAUCACAUAUAGGAAUCUCUUCAAAAAAGUGUCACUGAUUAUGAACACACAUCAGUUACCCGUUGAUGCAUUUGUGUCUGCUCUCAAAUGGAUGGGCGAAGCUGAUGUCGAUGACGACGAGGUCGAAUGUAUCCUUGCGAACCUCAUUUUCCAGAAUCGUAUCAAGGGUUACAUUUCACAUCAACAUAAAAAGCUUGUCAUCAGUAAACAGAAUGCAUUCCCAGUUUUAUCAGCAUAGUAUAAAGUUGUGUGAUGUUCAGGCUGGUGUAAAAAGCCAAUGGAUAAACAGGUUGAUCCACAAGAGAUCAGCCUGCCUGCCUUCUUGAUGUAAUCUGAAUACUGAAACUGUAACAGGAAAUACAUAAGAGGAGAGAGAAGGCAGUAUACAGUAGUUGGCUAUAACUAAAGCUGGUCUCACAUGUUGGGAUUUUUGCUUACUACAAGCUGCACUACGACACGCUAGGUCUGAAAUUGUCUGGUGCACGGGAGUUAGUAAGGUAUGAGAGGUAUUACGUAUACGACAUGACACAAACAGUCAUAUAAAAGUGUAUAGAGUUUUGAACAUGUUCAAAAAAUUGUAGUCGUAGCACAGCUUAUCGUAAGCAAAAUUGCAGUGCGCAAGACUGACUUAUAUUGUAGACAAUGUAUGCAUUAGACCAUAAAGUUUAUUGGUCCCUGGUUAAAUUCCAUCGCUGUUCAUUUUCCUGAGCAUUGAACUACAAGUUAUUUCACAACAUCUUUCACAAAAGACAUUUUAAGUUGAUCCCGAGUACAUCAAAAUGCUGGUGUACAUAUUAAAUUAAGCUCUAGGUACUUGUCAGAAAGAAGAGUAAGGGAUUGUCUACCAGUGUAUUUUAUUUUGCAGUAUGUAAGCAGUAGGUGUCUAUGUAUCCUACACUGCAGUACUCGGAAUAAUCCCACAGGAAGCUGCGUAAAGCUGCUCUCCCACCUAGGUUUAUUUCACCUAAGAGUUGUAUGAUUUCUACGAGUUAAAACUCGUGAUCUUUGGAAAGGACCUAUACGAGCUUAUUACGUGUUAGCUACGAGUGAGGUACGACUUUAUGG